AUGUCCCUUGACACGGUUCCAAAAGAUUUAAGAGGUUUAAGAGCAUGUUUAGUUUGUUCUCUAAUUAAGACAUUCGAUCAGUUCGAAUACGAUGGCUGUGACAAUUGUGACGAAUUUCUCCGGAUGAAGAACAAUAAGGACAAUGUAUAUGACUGCACAAGUAACAAUUUUGAUGGAAUGAUUGCAGUUAUGAGCCCUGUUGAUAGUUGGGUCUGCAAGUGGCAGAGAAUAAGUAGAUUUUGUCAAGGUGUCUAUGCUAUAUCUGUGUCUGGCCGGCUUCCAGCUGGUGUUAUAAGAGAAAUGAAGAGUCGAGGUAUCGCCUACAGACCCAGAGACACAAGCCAGAGAUAA